GUUCUCGUAAAGCCUUUUCGCUUAUCAGACGUUACUACUCUCUGGCUCUGCUAGUUAUAAGUAGUCAGCCACCUCAUUCGGUAGCACUAGCCAGAAUCGACCUACGAUCAUGGCUUCUUCCGGCUCUCUCCUCCCCACCCUCCUGGUGCUGCUCGCCGUCGCCACCACCGCGUCGGCGGCUAUGACGACGGCGUUCGUCGGGGCGGCUGACCUCUCCGAGCGGCUGGAGGGAGCGGGGUCGCAGCAGUGCUGGGAGACGUUGCUGGACAUCAAGUCGUGCACGGGGGAGAUCAUCCUCUUCUUCCUCAACGGCGAGGCGUACCUGGGGCCCGGAUGCUGCCGCGCCAUCCGUGUCGUCGAGCAGCGCUGCUGGGCCGCCGACCUCAUGCUGUCCGUUAUCGGGUUCACCCCGGAAGAGGGGGACAUGCUCAAGGGCUACUGCGACGCGGGCGACGACGGCGACAACAACGGCAGCGAGGGGCAUCAUCGUAGCGUCGGCGGGUCAUCUCCGGCCACGCCGCCCCACCGUGCUCUUGAUGGGGUUGCCGGUGGCGGCACGGCAGUGCCCGUGGCGGGAAGGAAAGGGCUUGGUGCACCCCCUAGAUGAUGAUUAACUAAGCUGAGUCAGUGUCUGUCCACUCUUGCCCAUCCACGUAUGUUCUCGUGAGUCCUGAUGAAGUGAUGAAAUGUUUGCGGAGCCCAGAAGUGAAUGAUUUAUGGAAAAUGAUUAGAAUUAUCUGUCAUCUGUCGAAUCUAGAACGAACCACGUGUUGGACAAGUCCCA